GCGACGGCGCGCAUUGGGUCACAAGCACAAGCAGCAGCAGCCGCUGGGAGAGAGCAGCCGUCUGGGUCAAAGUGACACGACCGGGCCGGGCAGACACACACAGGCAGCGGAUUGGCUGGGACGGCAUCCCCGGUGAACUAAGUGGGCCGCGAAGGUGAUCAGGGCCUCGAGCUUUUGGCGCAAUGGUCUGCAUUCCUUGCAUCGUCAUUCCAGUCCUACUGUGGGUUUACAAGAAGUUCUUGGAGCCUUUUGUGUAUCCAUUCAUCUCCCCUUUUAUUUCCCGUCUGUGGCCUAAAGCUGUUAAAGAAGAAACGUCCACACCAAAAAUUGAAGCACAUAAUGGAACAUUUAAGUCUGACCAUUCAUCUAUGAAGGGAGAUGGGGAUUGCAUUAACAAAACUGCAGAUGGCAUCAACACACAAGAAUUAUCAGAUACUUCAGACAAAAAGACCGAUUAAGAUCUUCAUGAAGCCUUGAAUAAUAUGUUAUGAUAAUAUUUAAAAGAAUAACUAAUUUUAUUGACCAGCUUAAAAUUAAUGUAUAAAAAUUCCAAUGUUUUGCUAUAUGUUAAACUUCAUUCCGAUUUGUUUAAUCAUUUCCUUUUAUGCAAUUCUGUAAUAUAUUUCUUUAGUUCUGUAAUUGUGGACAAAUAUUCCAUAAGUGUCUUGAUUGCUGCAUUAUGUUAGAGAUAUUAUUGCAUAGAUUAUAAUUCUUGGUUGAGAACACUAUAGUUGUACUGUAAUUAGUAAAGUGGCUCCUAAUUAAAUAUGAAUAAAAGCAUUCCCGUACAGCUGCAAUAUUGGAUUACACCAAGAAUAUGGACAGCAACUCUUUGUUCAGUUCUCUUGUCCUUAACUGGCUGUUCUGCUGGUGCAACUCAAUAUAAAAUGGUCUAUUUAAUCUGACAAUUGGCCCCUUUUCACUUUGUCAUUCAGUAUCUGCUAUGCAGAUAUUUCUGAGAGAACAUGCGGAUGGAUAUUUUAAUGAAAAGAUAGUUGGGGGGGGGGGAGGGAGGGAGUAUAGAAGUUAGCUGAAAGUUCAGUAUUUGGGCAUUGCUGUAUUAAAACACCCUUCAGAAUUGUCUUAGAUGGGGCAUAUCUAUUUUCAUUUGAGUGAUGCAAGGAGAUCAUAAAGUUUAUAGUUUGAUUUACAUUUUUUGUAGGACUUAUCCUGCUACAUAUGAUAGCAUUUAGUGAAGAUGGUCAGUUGUUCCAGAUUUAUUACCCAUCUGCAUUGUGUUGACAUUGGCUGAGAUCAAAAUUCAAUAUAAAUAGUCCAGAUUUUGAGCUAAGAUACCUACAUGCCACCCUAAUUAUAAUUUAUAGUUAGGUGUUUCUGGAAGGAUUCAACUGGAUUGUUGUGUCCUUUAUUCUGAUGUAGCUAGGCCUGUAUGUGAAGACUAGCAAAGAGCGGAUGGUACUGAGCUAGCCAAGCAGGAGUUAGUAGCUUCAGGAGAGCUGAAAUAUACUUGAUGGAAAUUGGAUGAGAAUUUUAUAAGCCAACAGGGAGAACAUUCAUUCUGAGAUUCGCAGUAGAGUUCUAUUGGGCGAACAGCCAUUUCUCACCUAGCUAAACAUGUGAGUUUUGAAAUUCAACCUGUUUACAAUAUCUUUGGCUUUAUUGCCAUCUUGUGGAGGUUUAUCAAUACUCUUGCAGUAAAUGUAAAAGUUGUGGGCAUGGUCUGCAUAUGCCCCUUUUGCAAAGCAGCGAAACUGGGCAUAAAGGACAUGGUGGUCUGUUCUUUUGAGGUUGCCCUGAAACCACAAUAGAAUUGUGAAACAAUAUCCUAGAGUGUUAGGAUAUGAAAAUGUUUUUUUCCCCUUCAUACUCUCUCUCUCCUCCUCUCUCACUUGUACCCUUGUACUCUGUCUCCAUGUAAUGAAUGUAUAUGGUAAUACCCACAUAGCCUUUUGUUCCAUUUGUGGAGCUUCAUUUGAAGAAACCUGGAAUUGAUUGUUUCUCAACCAGAGAUAUGCAAAUGGAAGAAUGAGGAAGAAAACAAGAAUUUUACUUUACAUAAAUUGGAUUUCAUGUAUAAUGUCAGAAGACGGUUUAAUUCGGAAGUUGUCACGGUAUUUUUGAAAUAAACAUAGUUGCACUGUG